AAGAGUGGAGACUUCUCUAAGACAUGGAUAGAUGCAAACAUGUAGGGCGGUUGCGACUGGCCCAGGACCACUCCAUCCUGAACCCACAGAAGUGGUGCUGCAGGGAGUGCACCACCACUGAGUCGGUGUGGGCCUGUCUCAAGUGCUCCCACGUGGCCUGCGGCCGGUACAUCGAGGAUCACGCCACGACACACUUCGAAGAGACGGGACACCCACUAGCCAUGGAGGUCCGGGAUCUCUACGUGUUCUGUUACUUGUGCAAGGACUACGUGCUCAAUGAUAACCCCGAGGGGGACCUGAAGCUGCUGAGAAGCUCCCUCUUGGCUGUCAGGGGCCAGGAGCAGGACCCACUGGUGAGGCGCGGGCGGACGCUGCGGUCCAUGGCCUCGGGCGAGGACACGGUCCCGCCGCAGCGCGCCCCUCAGGGACAGCCGCAGAUGCUCACGGCUCUGUGGUACCGGCGCCAGCGCCUGCUGGCCAAGACGCUGCGGCUCUGGUUCGAGAAGAGCUCCCGGGGCCAGGCCAAGCUGGAGCAGCGGCGGCAGGAGGCGGCGCUGGCGCGCAAGAAGGAGCAGGCGCGGCAGCGGCGGCGCGAAGUGAAGCGGCGGCUGCUGGAGGAGCUGGCCAGCGCCCCUCCGCGCAAGAGCGCGCGGCUGCUGCUGCACGCGCCCCGCGCCGCGGCCCCGCGGCCCGCCUUGCCGCGCGCGCCCGCCGGGGGCCGCCUCACGCCGCGCCGCGCGCCCGCCAUGGCGCCGGGCGUCACGGGCCUGCGCAACCUGGGCAACACCUGCUACAUGAACUCCAUCCUCCAGGUGCUCAGCCACCUGCAGAAGUUCCGCGAGUGUUUUCUAAACCUCGACCCUUCCAAAACGGAACAACUGUUUCCCAAAGCCACCAACGGGAAGGCUCCGCUCUCGGGCAGGCCGGCCAGCAGCUCGGCCACCGAGCUGGCGGCGAGGAGCGACCGGGCCAAGUCGUGCGAGCGGGAAGGCCUCUACUUGAACGGCGGGGCCUCCAUCAGCAGGAGCCUAGAACUCAUCCAGAACAAGGAGCCGAGCUCGAAGCACAUUUCCCUCUGCCAUGAACUGCACACCCUCUUCCGAGUCAUGUGGUCCGGGAAGUGGGCCCUGGUGUCGCCCUUCGCCAUGCUCCACUCGGUGUGGAGCCUGAUCCCUGCCUUCCGUGGCUACGACCAGCAGGAUGCGCAGGAAUUUCUCUGUGAGCUGUUGCACAAAGUUCAGCAGGAACUCGAGUCCGAGGGCACCACGCGCCGGAUCCUCAUCCCCUUCUCCCAGAGGAAGCUCACCAAACAGGUCUUAAAGGUGGUGAAUACCAUAUUUCACGGGCAGCUACUCAGUCAGGUCACAUGUGUAUCAUGCAAUUACAAAUCCAAUACCAUUGAGCCCUUUUGGGAUCUGUCCCUGGAAUUCCCUGAACGCUAUCACUGCAUAGAAAAGGGCUUUAUCCCUUUGAACCAGACAGAGUGCCUGCUCACUGAGAUGUUGGCCAAGUUCACAGAGACAGAGGCUCUGGAAGGGAGAAUCUACGCUUGUGACCAGUGUAACAGCAAACGACGAAAAUCCAAUCCAAAACCCCUUGUUCUGAGUGAAGCUAGAAAGCAGUUAAUGAUCUACAGACUACCUCAGGUCCUCCGGCUGCACCUUAAGAGAUUCAGGUGGUCUGGCCGUAAUCAUCGAGAGAAGAUUGGGGUCCAUGUCGUCUUUGACCAGGUAUUAACCAUGGAACCUUACUGCUGCAGGGACAUGCUCUCCUCUCUUGACAAAGAGACCUUUGCCUAUGAUCUCUCCGCAGUGGUCAUGCAUCACGGGAAAGGGUUUGGCUCAGGACACUACACAGCCUAUUGCUACAACACAGAGGGAGGUUUUUGGGUCCACUGCAAUGACUCAAAGCUGAAUGUAUGCAGUGUUGAAGAAGUGUGCAAAACUCAAGCCUACAUCCUUUUUUAUACUCAAAGAACAGUUCAGGGCAAUGCAAGAAUUUCAGAAACCCAACUCCAAGCUCAGGUGCAGUCCAGCAACAACGAUAAGGGCAGAUCACGGACCUUCCCCUGAAUGGGAGGCACGUAUCAAAGACUGGCUUGCUUUUAAACUAUUGGUGUCUGUAUAUCUUCCCUCUUAUAGAAGAUAAGGUUUACUGCAGGAACAGAUUACUAGGUUUGCCUCACUGGGUCUAGAGCAGAAAGUGCCAGCUGACUCCUGUCCUAUCUUAAAAUUUAUAGUCACUUUUGUUUGAAUGGAUUUUGAAAUUCCCUCCUUUGAUAAAACAAAUCAAAAGGAGUAACUUCUAUGAAGAGUCUUUCAUCAGUUGCUUCUGAAUAUAGAGGGAUCUGGGUGGAGGAAAGAGGGAGGAAAUUGAUCAUAUCCAGCCAGGAGGGCAGCCAUGUUUUCUUUCCAUUAUAUGAUUCCCUUGCUAAUCAGGACCUCCUUGCAGACCUCCAGAAGAGCCCUCCUGAUGUGAGCAGCCCUGGACAGAGCACGUGAGGAGGGACCCUGGGCUGGCAGCUUGCUGAAUGGGAUUGGUUCCAAGGCAGGAGGUGAAGUCUAAGGAUUUGUUCCUACAAAGGAAGUAACCCUCAAGGGUUGAAAACUUGCAGACUUCCAUUUUUAGGGAAGAGCAGUUGAAGAGGGGAAUAAGAUUCAGAGAGCAAAAUUUCCCCAUGCAUAAUGGGAGAUUUUUUUCACCUGCCUUACCCUCCUUGGCUGCUGCUGUCAUUUAAUUAUUCCACAUCUUCUGAGAUGGCCAUGAACGUCCUUUCAUUCUAAAGGAGCAGUUCAGAAGGGAAAGCAGUUAACUGGUACAUGACAUGUUCUCUGUUGUGUGCUGAGCCUAAAGGCACUCCUGGCUCAGCCCAGUUAUUUAGCAAACACCUGGUUCAGGUCUAGGGCAAGCACAUGGCUUGGUUUGAAUUGGUCUGUAGGUCACUUGCCUGAAGCAUUCUCAGAAUGAGUCGAGGGUGAGCAGGGAUAGCUGGUGGUCCAAGGUUUAUCUGAAUGUCUGUCACCCUUCUUACCUUGGUGCAGUGUGCAGCUUUUCUUAACCUGCAACUUCUUUCUAGCACCUGGAGGGUUAGAACAUUCUUGAUCAACACAAGGUUUGGGAGCUUUUGCAUUCCUAGGGUUUAGGAAUAUGCCCCCUGUAUGUCCAAACAGUUUACUGCUGAUGGCCUUGGCCAGUUUCCUCCCAAAUCUGAUAAUCCUACGGUUUCUUUGCCCACCCACACUCAGUCCAUCAGAGAAAAAAGCAAGAAUCCUGUGUCUUUUACUCCAGUGCUAGUAAAAUACAUCUUUCUUUUUAAACUGGGUCAGUUUCUAAGUGGAAUGAAAUUGCCAAGAUGGAAACCCUCCUCCCAGCAGGCACCACUGAACUUCCCUCCUUAAUCCUUUGCUUAGACUUUGCCAGUAAAAGUGAAUGCAAACCAUAACUCUCAUUGUAGGGCUGCUGCAGCCUGCCUCACCCUGUCAUUAUGAAUGCUCAUCUUUUGACUGAGUAUAUCAUUAUUAACAUAUCAAUUCAGGUAGAAGUACAGUUACCACUUGAAGGGAGUAGAUGUGGAAAGGAGUUUGAGGAUGGGUAGGAAGUUGGGAAAAGAGGGUCACAGCUUUAGUGAUUUGAUGAGCCACAUUUCCCAAACAGAUCUGUUUGUAGCAUUUGCUGUUGACCUCUUUUAAGAUGAACUCUCCCAUAGGACCUGCCAGACAGCACUGAGACAUGGGAAAUUCAGAAAGAAAAUGGCUCACCCUGGUAAGGAAGGGUGAGUGACUAUAUUUUGAAUAAAACUUGCUUUUUCCAACACUGUGAGGUUUCUGUAAUAUUUAGCUUUUAUUUGGAAGCGAUAGCGUAUGGCAUUUUUUAUGCUGUUUGGUUUAUAUUGUCUACUGCAGGCUUCUUUGUACAAGCUUGACCUGGGCCCACCCUCUCCUGGACACUGUUUUGAAGUGUCACAGCUGCCCGUGUUGCCAGAGGCUCUGAUACUGUCUAUACUUGCUAGAUUAACAUUUUUAAGCUGACAUGAUUGAUAAUGACUUUUUGUCUCAAUAGAAAAGCCCAUUACCUCGAAAAAACCAAGGAGAGUAAAAAGGGAAUGAAAAUGCCUCAUCUUUCAUUGAAUGCUAUAUUUAUAAUUCUAAAAAAAGAUAAUUUACAAAUGGAGAACUAAAAGAGCAUCUACUUCAUCCCUCAGGCUGUUCAGGGGGAAAUUCUUAAGAAAAAUAAGCAUAUAAUGGAAAAUUAAAAGAUCUUCAAAUUUAAUUUUAAGAAAUAGUUUUAUACCAAAUCGUAUAAGGAUUAUUAAGCAGUCUAAGGACUUUGUAAAGUAAGUACUUAUCUGAGCACCCCUGUAUCAAAUUAAUAAAAUUUAAAAAAAUGGAUUGGAAUGAAACCACUAUCAGAGUCCUCGCUGAGCUGCACACUCUGAAAGAUGCCCCUGUGGUUAGACACUUCAGGUACCCAGGGGCAGCAGCACUAGACGCUGUUGUGAAGUUAGUAUUUCUGAAGAAUUUUAUUAAAAAAGGAAAGAGUCCCUGCCGCAUAAGCCAAUGGAUAUUGCGAGGGAAAUGUCCCUUUGCCUUUAAUUUAUUUACAUAUUGGAAGUAGGUGAAUUUCUUAGUUGCCUCUUACUUUAAAUUGAAAGAUUCUCAAGGGAGGAAAAUAAGAACCCGGUUGAAGUUGACUGGAUGCUGCCAAAUCAAACCCAAGAUAUCCUAACAACUUUAUGGGCCUGCUUCUCUCCCAGACAAGUAGUUACAGGGUCCCGUUGCAGGAACCCUUUGUAGUUGGCUGGUGUGUUUACCUUCUGCUGUAGCCAGCCACGAUGAAUACACCCCAGCCCUCAGAAAGGAUUUUACCUCAGUCUACCUUGACCCUCAUACUUGUGGUUCGGUUGCCUCUCAGAUAAGCAUCCAUGCUAGUAUCAAAACAAUUUAAGAAUGCCUCACAGCCAAGAACUGAAGCUUUUAUUAAAUGGUGGGUAGAGCUCUUGUCAGCUUUGAUCCAGCCUGUCAGGCUGAGGGGGGCAGUGCCACACUGUAAAGAAUUUCCAGAUGUCUCUUAAAAUGUCAUGAAUAAAAUUGGAAAACUGUAGAAGUGUUAAUGUGUCCUAUGGACUCAAUAGCAGAGUUUAUUUUUGCUUUUAAUGGCAAGGCUUCUAGAGUCAAUGAUUGUAUGAGUUCCCUACUCUGGCUAUGCUUACAGUGCCAGCCAAAUGUAAGAACUAGUGGGGUGGUUGCUGGCAGUGGGCCAUGGCCCUAGCCAAAGCCCAGCAUAAGCCUGAGAGAAGUCAACAGUAGUGCAGAAUGAAAACUUGGUUGGGUGCGGAGGGUGGGAUGUGGGUGGGCAGGCAGGGAGGGAGAAAUGGAGUUUUACUUACAAAGCUUUGUUAACUAAUUUUAUACAAUUCAUAAAAUUUGGUGCCUUGUACUCAAUUAUGGUUUGCAUGGAAUUGAAAAGAUUAAGGGAAAGGAUUCCUUCUUGUCAUUUCAAGGGGCAAAUGGGUCUGUAUAGUGUAAAGGACAUUUGGUGUCACUUUUUUAAAGCAUCUCAUGUCUCGUAUGUGAAAGCAAAUUAUUCUUACCAGCAAAUUCUGAAAUUUUACUGUAAUGUCCCAAUCUUUGUAUUUGUGAUUAUUCAACAAAGGGCUGCUUUUCAAGGCAGACUAUGUACCCCAUUCUCUUUCACCACCCCUUUAUGUUCCAGAUGUUAACCUGGGCCUUUUCAAAUCAGGCUGAGGGGGCUACUGCUUCCUAAACAUAUACUAUAUCCCUAUCUGGGGGUAGAUCUUAUGAGAGGAAGGGUUGCUUUUCCAGCUGGUUGGGAGAGCACAAAUGUUCAGAAAAGGUCUUUUAGUUUUUUUAAUGCUGGGUAGAACGCAAACAAAAAUGGUUCCUCCUGAAGUCAUACUUGCUUUAGUUCUGAAGUUCUUUUGCACAAAAUUUCAGGAAAGAGUGCAGAACGCAAUCCCGUAUAUGUGAAUCUUUAGAUUCACACUGGAAAGCCAGUGCACCGUGUAAUAUCAAAAAGAGAAGGCUCAAAGAACCUGCCCCAGCCCCCCAGACCCUUGUCUAUGCUGACUGGGAUGGGGUGAAGAGGCUGUGGAAGGGGUUAAGACCCAGUCAGCUUACCUGCAAGGCUGUUUACAGCAUGUUCCUCUUACUCAGACCUUAAGAUUUUCACUGGGCUCAUGAGACUUCACCAAAGGGUGUUUAAAAAGCUCACCACUCAAAGCACAUUUGAUAAUUAGGUCCCUCCGCCUAAUUCCUGGCCUAAUUUGGCGAGGAGGUUUUAUCUUUGGAGUAAAACCCCGUGGCCAUUUACUUUUUCACCAGGUAAGUAUGCAUCUCCCUGGUGGCUCAGAUUCUUUUUUAGGUCAACACUAAAGCUCAAAAGCGCCUUCUAAAUACGAAUGUGAGUUUUUAAUCUUCCACGAUUAAACUAACCAUUCUCUUAGUCUAGAGCUUUGACUUUAACCUCUGUAUACUCAAUUCAAUCCACACAUUGCUUUAAAUACACCACAACCACUACAGCACUGAGGCAAAUGGUCAUUUUUGUGGAUUCUUUCCAUACUUCUGUUGGCAUGUUUCCAAUUAAAAUCUAAAUAGAUAGUGUAAGAAAUCUUCAUAAUACUGUGUUAACUAACCAGGACUAGAAACAAUGUGAUGGGAUAUAAAACUAACUUCCCCUGGGGAGAGAAUGUUUUGUGUUGGAAUGAAAGUGUGUUCAUUUACAGAAACAAUGAUUAUUCAUCAAAAUUUUUGGAAAUUGUAGAUUUGGUAGCUCCAUUUGCUAAAUUCUUACCACUUUUGAGGAAUUAAGCCAGGUUAAAAUAAAACUUUACCUUAUCAGCAUUAUGGUUUUAUAAACCAAACAACAGUAAACACUAUCACUUGAAGGUUAAACAUUGCAUUUUGCAUGAAAUUUGAAUUAUGCUUUUGAAAACUGCCAUGCCUUGAUUUUUUCCAGAUUUUGAUUUUCAUCUUUAAGAAAUUCUAUCAAAUAGAACUGUUCACAAUUUUGAGUAGAUUGGGUAGCGGACUUCAAGGAUGUAAGUUUCAUUCCUAAGACAAACAGGAGGUGCUGGUAUAUCUUGUCUUAGCAGUAUCUGAUGCAGUUCUGAAGGGGCUUAGAAUCUAUGCUAUGGGUUAAAAGUUUCCUUCCUCAUCACUAUUUCAGGGGGUAAUGCUUUAAACGAAACCUGAGCCUUGCUCUCGUUUCUGACCCUUUCUCGUCUUAAUGCUCAGUAUGAUAUAAACCUAUCAGAUCAUCUAUGGUCCUAGUGUAGACUCUUAAAGGUUCCUGGUUUCAUGUUAAGUCCCCUACAGGCCUGAAUUCGUACAAGCUUCCUCUGAACAGAUGGGGCCUACCUGAUUAAUACUAACAAGGGAAUAGUGCUUUAAAAAAAUUAAGUAAUCUAGUUCCCCAACAGCUUUCUUAACAGGGAUUUAUGCUGGCAGGGUCAAGGACUAUUUUGUCUUACUUUAGUGAAGAGAUUGCUACAGACAACAUCUGUCACCUCUAACAAUUAGGCCACUGAUCCUUUCUAAUUCAUGUCCUUUAAUCUCAUGCCUGUUCCAUAGGAGACAGGACAGAAAAACAUUACUUUUUAAAAAGCCUUCUAGAGUUGAAUAAAGUAGAAAAAAAAAUUGUCAAGGGGAAACUGUCUAUCUCUACAUCUUUCUAAGCCUCUGACUCUAUGCCAGUUCCUUACAUAUUCCAUUUCCAAAGGACCCCAAACUCCUGGGCAGUGGCCCCAGCAUAAAUUUUACAGUCAGAAAACAUCUAUUUCCUUGUGAAGGAAGCAGCUUCCUCAAGCACUUUACUGUCACUUUAGUGCCCACUGCCCAGGCUCACUCACAUCUUGUCUCCCCCUGCACAUCACUGCCCACUUUCUGCCAACAAAACCCACUCUAUCACGACGACAAAGCCCCCCACCCCAGUGCUUGGAAAACCCACCUGGCACACUAAAAUGCUAUGCAACAGCAACUCAAAAAUGGAAGUUCCUCAAGAAUAAGCUUCAUCCUAUGUUAACAUCGACGUACAGUGGCUACACUUUCCAUUUCUUUUUUUCUUUUAAUAUUAAACAAACCACCUCUGUUGCAAUCCAUAUUUGGGGCUUGUUCCUAUCUCUGAGUGAAAUACAAAUCAUGUUUCUAUCAUUUUUGUAAAUCUUGACUUUUUACACCUUGUUUUUGUAAGAAGUUUCUUAUUAAAAAAAUAAAAUAGC